AACAGGUGGUUAAUCUAUCGGUGUUGAAAAGUAAACCCAAUCAAUUGUCAGAGAUUAAUCCCCCAUUCGUGUGUCGGGUUCAAAUUUGGGUUUCGGGUUAUCCCUAUUUUCUUGGUUGUCAAAGUUAAAGAAUCAAAUCAUAAGAGGGUUUUUAAUUAAUGCAGGCGUGUUUUGUUUGACUUGAUCGGAAUGUGUUUUUUUGGUGACUGUAGUUAAUUUUUUCGGAUAACUUCGACUUUCUAUACAACUUAAUUUUUAAUUUUUUUAUACAUUUAGGUUUAUGAGAUAAUUUUUUUUAGGAUCUUUAUUUUGGAAGAGAAAAGAUGCGUACUUUUUUGUUUGGAGAUUUUUAUAUUGGUCUUGGUAGUCUCUAGGGUUUCGUAAUUCGACCCUUAGUUUCUGUUUCGAUUUUGUUUCUGGGUUUCUCUGGUUCUCUUUCUUUUCUUCAAUUUUUGCAGUUCCAGGUCUCUCUGGAUGCAAUAAUAGUGCUUUCUUGGUGAGUUCUUGAUUUGGGGUUCUCUUAGAUUCGGAGCAAGUUUCAGGAUUUUGAUUUGAUCGUCGUCCUUCGAUUUUGGGAGGCAUUGGUACCGCGGCGUUGGCAUCUUCAGAGUGGAUUUUCUCUCUUCUUUGUAAUUUCUCUUUGUGUGAACAAUUUCGGUGGUCUCUGGCAUGUGCGGAUGAUGUUUCAUGCUCAGGGUCCUGCGAGGAAUAAUUGUAGCAUGCUUGCAGUUUUUUGUGGCAAGAUCCCUGCUAAAAAGCAGCAGCGGUCAAUUUCUGAUGACAAGACCACAUACCCAUUCCCGGAGCUAGCUUCUUCUGGGCGGCUUGAGGUACAGAUUUUAACCAAUCCAAGUAUUGAUGAGUUCCGACGAGUACUUGAAUCGUCGGAACCAAAUAUUGUUUACUUGCAAGGAGAGCAAAUAACAGAUAGCGAAGAAAUUGGAUCUCUUCGAUGGGGAGAUUGCGCGUUAACUACUUCAGAGGCCAUAUGUGAGCUCUUUGGUUCCACAUUGCCCUCCACUGUUUAUUUGGAGAUCCCAAAUGGUGAAAUGUUGGCAGAGGCACUUCGCUCUAAGGGAGUUCCUUAUGUCAUAUAUUGGAAAAAUGGAAUUUCAUGUUAUGAGGCUUGCCAUUUUCGUCAAGCACUUGUGUCAGUGGUACAAAGUUCAUGCAGCCAUACGUGGGAUGCAUUCCAACUUGCUCAUGCAUCUUUUAAGAUUUACUGCAUUCAAAACAACAAUAUAUUACCUUCAAGUAGCCAGAAGACUGAUGGGAAGUCUGGACCUUAUGUGUCUGGGGACCCUCCUAAGAUUGAUAUUGGUCCUCUGGAGGAAGAUUUGGAGGGAGAAGAAAGCUCUCCUGGAACCCUUCCUGCUAUAAAGAUAUAUGACGAAGAUGUGAGCAUGAGGUUUCUUGUCUGUGGCAUGCCAUGCACUUUGGAUGCCUUCUUGUUGGGAUCGUUGGAGUAUGGACUAAAUGCCCUCUUGAAUAUAGAAAUCCGUGGGAGUAAACUUCACAAUCGAACAAGCGCUCCACCGCCGCCUCUACAGGCUGGAACAUUUUCUCGUGGGGUAGUGACCAUGCGAUGUGACGUAUCAACCUGCAGUUCUGCACACAUAUCACUUUUGGUUUCUGGUAGUGCGCAGACUUGCUUUAAUGACCAGCUUUUGGAAAAUCAUAUUAAAAAUGAGCUUAUUGAGAAGAGUCAGCUAGUUCAUGCAAUACCUAGCUCUGAUGGAGUCAAAUUACCUUCAUCUGAACCAAGAAAGUCUGCUUCUAUCGCCUGUGGUGCAAGUGUGUUUGAAGUUCGUAUGAAGGUUCCCACAUGGGCAUCACAGGUUUUAAGGCAACUUGCACAAGAUGUAUCUUACCGCAGUCUAGUUAUGCUAGGAAUUGCUAGCAUUCAAGGCUUGUCAGUUGCUUCUUUUGAAAAGGAUGAUGCGGAAAGACUGCUUUACUUUUGUACAAGACAGGGCAAGAAGUUUCAUGCAAAUAAUUCUUUUCUCAGUAAGCCACCUAGUUGGUGGAUGCCACCUGCACCUUGCCGCAAAAGAUCUGAGCCAUGCCAAGUAGCCAAACCCUUGAAUGGUAGAGGCCUGGAAGGUCAAAAUGGAGGAAAUGUAAGACAAAAACUCAAUGUUGCUGCGUUGAGGCCAAUUCCUCACACUCGUGGUCAUAAGAUGUUACCUUUUUCUGGGUUCGGUGAGGGUGAAAGAUAUGAUGGAGACCAAGUAAAAGUCAACUUGCCUGUUGCCCCAACAAAGCAUGUCCCUGCUCCAGUCACACAUCGGAAGUCAUUGUCAAGCUCUUUUCAGGCUCAGCAGAUUAUUUCGUUAAAUCCUCUACCUUUGAAGAAGCACGGUUGUGGCAGAGCACCGAUACAGGCGUGUUCUGAGGAGGAAUUUUUGAGGGACGUAAUGCAAUUCCUGGUACUUCGUGGACAUACUCGUCUUGUUCCUCAAGGCGGGCUAGCUGAGUUUCCUGAUGCCAUUUUAAAUGCAAAACGCCUGGACCUUUUCAAUUUGUAUAGAGAGGUGGUUUCAAGAGGAGGCUUUCAUGUCGGGAAUGGAAUCAAUUGGAAGGGACAAGUUUUUUCAAAGAUGCGUAAUCACACCUUAACAAAUAGGAUGACUGGUGUCGGCAACACACUAAAAAGACAUUAUGAAACUUACCUUUUGGAGUAUGAAUUGGCUCAUGAUGAUGUUGAUGGGGAAUGCUGCUUGUUGUGUCACAGUAGCGCCGCAGGUGAUUGGGUGAAUUGCGGAAUAUGUGGCGAAUGGGCACACUUUGGCUGUGAUAGACGGCAAGGGCUUGGCGCCUUUAAGGACUAUGCUAAAACAGAUGGACUGGAGUAUAUAUGUCCACAUUGCAGCAUCUCAAACUUCAAGAAGAAAUCUCAGAGGACUGCGAACGGAUAUUCAUAGGUCUUCACAUUCUUGGAUUCACCGUCUCCCUCUAAAAUCUCACUUUCUUAUCAUUUGUCACUAUAUUUUUAUAUGAAUGUGCAAGAGAAGGCAUGUAUUAGGAAUGUAAUUAUUGUAUUCUAUUCCAUUGUUGUCUACAUAUAUAGAGUAAGAAGGCCGCCGCACUGCAAUUUCCCCCCUCACAAUAUAUGUACUCUUGAAGGAGAAGUGUCGCAGAAGAGUGAUUGUAGAAUAUUAUUUCAGUGCAACUCAAUCUAAUGAGGUAGUUUUUUUGUCAAGUAUGCAUGGUUUGUGAUGAUAGUGAGAAAAAGUUCAGUU